AUGCUCGGCGGCUCCGCGGCCAAUUUUGCGGUCCACGCCACCAACCUCAACAGAGCGCAGCCGCCAUUCGAACUGCUAGCAUCAGCAGCGCCACAAGACGACCAAGCACAACAACUAAACCCAGCGGCGGCGGCGGCGGCGGAGGCUGCCGCGUGCGGAGAAGAAGCCGGGGCGAGGGCAGCAGCCGCGCCUGUUGAAAGCUGCAAAGCGAACACCAAGAAGAAGCAGGCCUGCGUGCUUCACACCAGCGUGGCGAGCGACGACAUGGGGGCGUUCGUGCGCGGCAAGCUGAUCGAGCACGGCGUGGAGUGGUCGCAGACCAAGGCUCGCGAGCAUCAGGGCGCGUGUGUGGUGCUAUCGGGACGAGAGGACCGGAGCUUCGUGACGCACCGAGGCUCGGCGGCGCUCUUCUGCAGGGAGGACAUCGACGUCCCCCGCCUUCUGGAAUCAGACCACGUCCACGUAGCGGGAUUUUACAACUGCCCGGCGCUGUGGAAGGACCUACCCAGCCUUCUCGCCGAGGCGAAGGCCGGCGGCGCGUCCUGCUCUCUCGGGCCCCAGUGGGACGCCAAGGAGGAGUGGGGGGGACUGGAGCCGCUGUACCCCUACCUUGACGUCUUCAUGCCGAACGAGGCCGAGGCGCUGAACAUCUCGGGCUGCGGCGACGUCGCCGAAGCCGCUUCGUUCUUUCUAGACAGGGGGGUCGGUCUUGUCGUGGUCACGAGAGGGGGCGGCGGCGCGUUCGCCGCUUCCAGGAGACACGGCGGUGGGGGCACCGCCGGUGGGAGGGGUUCCGUGAGAGUCAAGGGCGGGGGAGGGGGGGGCGCAGCAGGAGGUGCCGGUGACGACGGUGGUGGCGAGGGUGGCUUUCAGAGGUCGUGGGAGCAGAAAUGCGUCCCCGUGGAGGUCGUGGACACCACGGGAGCGGGGGACGCCUUCAGCGCUGGCUUCCUCCACGUCUGGGUCGGCGGCGGCGACGUCCAGGCCGCCCUGCGGUGGGGUUGCGCGCUGGGCACGGCGGUGGUGACCAGGGUAGGGGCGAGCUCGAAGCUGUCGAUCGAGGAAGACGUCCGACCUCACCUCGUGUUGUGAGAGAGAAGGCGGAGCAGGAGGGGUGUUGGUUGCAAGGCGUCUCGCCUGGUCUUUUAAUCACUUCGGCAGGAGGAAUGGACGCCAGGCCGGGGGAGGAAGGAGCAAAACAGGCGCCUCUGAUGGAAGGUUGGUUCCCCCUGAAAAGAGGAUGUGAGGCUGCGGGUUUGUAGGAGAAGAAACUUGCCGACGUUUCGGAGACGAGCGUGCGCUUAGAGCUAGCGGAGUGCUCCAGUUUGUAAGUGGCCAUCUGUGUGGCCCCGAGAUACCAAUCAGGCUACAACGCAGGGCGACAUGAUGUAACAAGAGCGGGGUGGUGCAGAGAUGCAUCAGUCGUGCCUUUCACCCUGUGGACUUUGGUGGUUGCUGUCUUUUUGAAGGUCUACGGAGACUCGGGGCUCCGUACCAUGGGUAUUUUGUAGGAAUUGUCUGUAUUUGGAUGAUGCACGAGGUCCUGUAUCUUGGGGCUACCAUCUCUUUUGCCUUUCGGGGGAAAUACUUCGGUGCGUGAUCACCCUAGCCUGUUCAAGUACCAUCAGCCCCUCACUUGGGGAUGGGAGUCCUGGCGGAUACUGCAUCGAUCGAUUCCCAAUCCCGGCAAGGCCUAUGGAAAACAAUGACUGAGCGAGAUCU